UUCUUUUGUUGUUGUUGUUGUUGUAGAUUGUAGUUCUUGGGUGUUGGUGGACAUUGCUAUAUUAGUUUCUUCCCUACCCAGCCAGAAGUCUGAGUGAGGAGGUCAGGCAGAUCUCUAUGUAUUGAGCUACAGAGUGGUUUUUCCCCUGAGGCUAUUUUUCCAGUCUCCACCACAUCUUCUGUGGGCAGUCCCUCUCUGCCCUAUCUCUGCACCCAAGCUUCAUGUUCCUCAGCCUCGGGUCCCAAGUAUUGCUCCCCUCAGGGUAAGUCUGUGGUGCCCUCAGCCUGCCCCCCCCAAGAACCUAGAAAUUUCUCUAGCACUCAUUUUGACUCUGGCACAGUAGAUGGUAUGGGAGAGGGGUGAUUAGCUUGUGUUUUGGGAGGUAUAAUUUUACCCCCUUAUAGCAUGAAUACGCCCAAACUCUACCUACCUUCAAGGCUGCACCCUAUGGUAGAGACCCUUCACUCAUCUGAUUUUGAUUUUUGUCCUUUUUGAGGUGCUUUACAUCAGUCAGUUGUGAGGAUAAGUCCCUUGCUUCUAUUCUGUAACCAUCUUAGCCCAGAAUUCCUCCAAAAUAACUUUACUUGGGGAAAAUGAGAUUAAAAUGGAUAGGACCCCUACUCAAAGGAGAUGACAUGAGGAUAAUAAACAACAAAUAAAAAGUAUUGCUGGUCAGCUUACUUUAUGUUUUUCUUCUUCCAUCAAGGAUCUUUAGACUAAAGAAGACAUAACAAAAAUAGGUAUUAGGAAACUGAUACCCCAAAUAAGUAAGGAGAUAAUAAAAGUCCAUUUAGCUUCUGUUGAUUAGUUCAGGCACUUGCCCCCAAUGAAAUAUAUCUUUGGUUCCUGAAAGAAUUGGUAGCUGUAGUUGCUAAGUCAUUGUCAUUUAUUUUUAAACAAUUAUGGAGGAUGGGAGGAACAUUACACUCAACAGUCAUUUAUUAAGUACCAAAAACUGUGCUAAGUUCUUAGUCCUUGACUGUUUGGAGAAGAGAAAAAUGUACCAAUUUUAUUUUAAAAAGGUAAGAGUGGAAUUAGCAAGCUAUCAGUCAGUGAAGGGGAUUUUGCUUAUUGGCAAAAUUCUAGAAUGCAAACAGAUCAAACAUAUAGAAAAGGAAGUAGUAAUUGCAAAGAAUAAGCAUGGCUUCAUCAAGAACAGGUCUCAUAGGAUUAGUGUGACUUUCUUUUUCAUUGGGAUAGAUUAAGGGAAGGCGAUGGUUUUAAUUUGCUUUUAUAAACUAUGUAGAGUAUAUGCAUAGUCUCAGUCUAUUCUUAUGAAAAAAGAUGUAGAGAUAUGGGUUUGACAAUAAUACAGUUAGGUAGAUUUGGAAGUGGUUGCAUGACCUCACCCAAAGAGCAGUAUGGAGACAAAGGGGGAGUAAUCAUUUGUAUAACACUUUCUAUGUGCCAAGUAUCAUGCUAAGCACUUGUUUAAAAAAAAGACAACACAAUAUUAUUUCAUUUGAUCCUCACCACAAGCCUGAAAGGAAGGUCCUAUUAUUAUCCACAUAAGAGUAGGAGGUCAUAUUUUAAUUCAGGUCUUCCUGCCUCUGGAAGUGGUUUAAAUGGAAGUCUCUAAUGGAGAACCCUAGAUGUCUGCCCUUAGCUUUGUGCUUUUUAGCAAUGACUUGGAUAAGUCAGAAAUAGCAAUGUUUAUCAAAUUUGUAAGUAAGGAGGCAAUCUAGGUGGCUCAGUAGAUUUAGAGCCAGGCCUAAAGAAGGGAGGUUUGGGGUACAAAUCUGGCCUCAGACACUUCCUAGCUGUGAGGCCCUGGGCAAGUCAUUUAACCCCCAUUGCCUAUCCCUUACUGCUCUUCUACCUUGGAACGGAUACACAGUAUUGAUUCUAAAAGGGAAGAUAUGGAUUUUUUAAAAGUGUACAGGUAAUUGGAAAGAAUAUUCAACAAAGUAUAUGAUAGAGCUCAGAUCCAAAAAGAUCUUGACAGAUUAGCUUAUGGUACUAUAUCUAAGAAAAUGAAAAUUAUUGGGUAUAAAAAUUUUAUACUUCAAGUCUCUAAAAUUCAGCCUCAGAAGUAUACAACGAAGGAAGUAUGGCUGUCAGUAAUUCAUUUUUAAAAUGGCCUACAUCUUUUAGUAGACUGCAAGUGCACUGUCAACUGUGUAACAUAUCAGCCAAGAAAGUUUUUGUAAUAUUGGGUUUCUUUAAGAGAAAUAGCAUCUAGUAACCAGAAGAUGAUGGAUCCAAUGUAUUGUGCCAUGAUCAGAUAAUAUCUGUACUAUUACCUUAAUUCCGUGGACCUCAUUUUAGAAAGGACAUUGACAAGUUGGAGAGUGCUUAGAAGAAGGCACCAAAGAUGAUUGAUCGAUGAUGGAGCAUCUCAAAUUCAUAUAGAUUGGUUGAAGGAACUGCAAAUGGUUAGCCUGGAGAAGAGAUGGCUUACAAGUGUAUGAUACAGUAUUUAAAGGGUUAUCAUGUGAAAGAGUAAUUAAAUUUCUUUUCAUACGUCUAGAGGAAGGCAGUCCAGCAAGCAGAGCUGAGCAGAGCAGAGCUGAGCUGGUGGCCUCCCAAGAAACCCCCAAGCCACUUCUGCCGAAGGCCAGAGACACCCCAGAGGAAUCUUCCUCCAAUCCAUCUCUUGGGCCACGUGGGGGGGGGGGGGGGAGAGUCUCAGGUGAGAGCGACUGAGACAGACAAUCGGAAAGACAGAGAGCGCGCAGCCCCUUCGCACCCAACACUGUCUCCUAAGAAGGAGAAGACUCAGCGUCUUCAUCUAGCUGUAAGGCUGGCCCUUUCUCACUCACUCCCACCUUGGAAAGAUGGAACCCCAGGAGAGCGCCGUCCAGUACAGCCGAUGGAACAACAGCCAGGAUGAGGUCAGCAUGAAUGUGUUGACCCCAGAGAGCUCGGGCUGUGAACCAGUCUACAACAAACUAUGCACUGGGAAGCUGGGCAUCACUAUGAAGGUGGUAGGCAGAAUUGUUCUGUUCUGGGUCAUCUUCAUCAUCGGCUACGUCACUGGGUAAUACAUCCACAAGUGCAAAUACACUUGUCUGAGCCUGCUGGACACCUUUUCCGAGGGGCCCUCCACCCACUCUUACUACCUGGCCAAGACCAUCAGGCUAGGUUCGCCCUUGGGGCACCUAUACACCUAUAGAGAUGGACACAAACACACACACACACACACACACACACAUAUACACACAAAGGGACAAAUAUAGACACAUAGACCCUUUUCAGAGAAAGAGAGGAUACGCUGAAACAAAUACAGAGGCAGACACUGGAUGAGAGAGAGAGCAACACAGAUACACUAAGCCAAAACAUUGGCCUGAGAGAGACUAGAAAGAUGAGACGGAUACUCUGAUACAGAUACACAAAGAUGCUAAGAGACAUACAAUUAGGAACACUCAGAAACAACGACAUUUUUAGAUGGGACAGAGAUUUGCAGGACAACACAGAGGCAUACAGGCUAAUUUACUGAAAGACUGACACAGAGAAAAACAGACACAUACUAACAACAGAAACAAAUCUCUUCUCUCCUGCCCCAGAAUAGAAUUCCAGUCCAAGUCAUCCAUAACCCAGCCCUCCCCUGCCACAUUCCAGCCCCAGCACACUCAGUUAUUGAAGCCCAGGAUGGCAACUCUCAUUCCCUCCCUCCUUGGUCACUCCUGUUUCUCCUCACCAACCAGAUAACCUCUCCUUUGGAUCUAUGGCUGCCCUCAGAUAGUCAGAAGUCCAAGAAAGAUGAGAAGCCAGGAGACAGUUUUAUCCUUCAGAAACCUCCCCAUGGAUGGCUUAUGUUCAUGGCUACAGUCAGACUCAGAGUCCCCAUGCAGUGUCUACCCACCCAUACCCCAUCCUUGGUGAAAGCAGGACCUAGAAGGGAGAGAACCAUUUGGUUGGUGAAUGCCACAGUGGGAACUCAUUACCAAACUAGAACUCAGAAUGGGAAUUAAGGCCACUUCUAGGGUUCAAUUUCUGCCCAUCCCUGCUCUAAUCACAGAGUGGGGAAGUUAAAUCUGUCUCUUGCUGUGAGAGUAUUCCUCCUCCUCCCCUCCCUCAUCCCUCCAUUAGUUCUACUACUUGAGAAAUUUGACACAUUUUGAGCCCAAUUUCUAUAGAAAUUUGUUGAGGAAGAGGAAGGUAAUGCCCACUCAUCUCCAGCAAGACUUUUUAAAAGGAAGUCAGCAUUGUGUGUAGCAAAG